ACGGGGUCGCACUCGGACAGGGUGGAUUUAAUUUACCAUUAAAAACCAGAAACUCCGCCGACCCGGCCCACUCAGGUACCCAAAACGAGCGUGCCCUGCAGUGUGCAUCCAGACGGGGAGCUGUCAUCUGGAGAUUCAACCCGCACUGUAGCCUCUGACCACCUCGACACACACCCGGAAGGCGUGAGGGAAAAACUACAAAACGGCAGAAUGAAUCGUUUCAAGACAUCAAAAUUCAAAAAUACCACCCCGAAAAUUGCCAAGAAAGAUGGCUGGAUCUGCAACAUCCGUGCCGGUAACGUCCAGUCCCUGGGAAACCACAUCAAGGCCAGCUCCGAGCUCGUUGCCUUCAACAUCGACCAGGCUGGUGGCGGAAUGCUGGGAGUGACCUCCGUGAGUCCAGCAGCAGAUGGAACAUGGACCAUCUCUCAGCUCCCGUGCCAUGGAGAUCUGGUGACCGACCUGGACUUCUCUCCCUUUGACGAUGCUCUCCUGGCGACCUGCUCUGCCGAUGAAACGGUCAAGCUGUGGCGCCUCUGUAGCCCAGAGAAGGACCAGCCCGGGGGGCCAGAGCUCACCCUGAGCCCUGGGCUGGGCCGACUGGAGCUGGUCCUCUUCCACCCGACGUCCUCCGGCCUGCUGGCCGUCGGGGCCGCCCAGACCGCCCUGCUCUGGGACACCAGCCGCCAGGACGCCCCGCUCGCAGUGCUGGAGAAGCACGAUGACAAGUUGCAGAGUCUAAGUUGGAAGCAAGAUGGCUCUCUGCUUGCAUCUUCCUGCCUGGACAAAAUGCUCAGAGUGUUUGAUCCCAGGGCCCAGCUGACACCUGUUCAGAGCGUCAAGAAUAUGCACAGCAGCAAAGGCUCCCGCGCUCUCUGGGCGAGAGAUGACUACCUGCUGACCACGGACACGCACCGUGGUCGGGAGGUGAGGCUGUGGGACAGCAGGAAGCUCGGCUCCGCCCUGGGAUCCGUGUCCGUCAGCGACUCCAGCGGGUGAGUGGUCGCCGUGGCAACGUGUCGCACCGGCGUGCACCCUGGCUGCAGGCUCUCUAUCUUCCCCCUGUCAGGACGCUGACAAUAAGCACUCUUGUGCGGCGAUCCAUACAUGUGCGAGACCACAUGGUUGGUCUAUGAAUGCGUAUGUGUGUGUCUUUGGUAGUAAAACUAAAAGUGUG